AUGGAACAAAUGGUGUAUAUAGUCUCUGUUGUUUUUACUUGUCUUGCUCUUCUUGUCAUCCCUAUCCUCUUCAUAACUCGGCGUCUAAGUGUUCAUCUCUCCUUCAAAAACAUCCUCAGAUUCAUUAAACUCGCAGCUUCUCAACUCGAUGAUGAGGAGGAGAAUAACGAGAAACGUGGUACAAUGGGAGAGGAAGAGAAACGACGGAGACUGCCAAAGCAUGUGGCGAUUAUAUUAGACGGAAACAGACGUUGGGCGGAGAAACGAGGGCUAGGAACAUCGGAAGGUCACCAGGCCGGAGCCAGGAGGCUUAUAGAGAAUGCUAAGGACUGUUUUGCUAUGGGCAUAAACACUGUCUCACUUUUUGCUUUCUCCACCGAAAAUUGGGCAAGACCCGAGGAUGAAGUUAAAGGCCUGAUGGCCUUAUUUGAGAAACAUUUGAGGUCUGAGAUGUCUUUCUUCCGAAGUGAUAAAAUCAAGAUCUCAGUGAUUGGAAACCGGACAAAAAUCUCCCAGUCGCUUCUAGAUUUGAUAACAGAAGCAGAGGAAGCUACAAAAAGCUAUGAAGAGAAGCAUCUCAUUAUAGCAAUAGACUAUAGUGGAAGAUUUGAUAUCUUACAAGCUUGCAAAAGUCUUGCGGAAAAAGCGAAAAACGGGCUGAUCCAAGUAGAGGACAUUGAUGAGGAUGUGAUGGAGAAAGAGUUGAUGACAAACUGUAGUGAGUUCCCAAACCCUGACCUAUUGAUUAGAACGAGCGGAGAGCAAAGGAUCAGUAAUUUCUUCUUAUGGCAAUCUGCUUACACUGAGCUCUACUUUCCUAACGUUCUGUGGCCUGACUUUGGUGAGGCUGAGUAUCUUGAGGCCUUGACUUGGUAUCAGCAAAGGCAGAGGCGAUUCGGUCUACGAGUUUAG